UCGUGGAGGCUCAGCGAUGAUGGCAGCCGUAGGUUGACAUCAAAACGAUACAGAAUAUUAAGUAUCUCAAAGUUAGCGGAAAAGCCCCGACACAAUAACACAGAACACAGUAACAUUUUUCAGAUAGCACACGCGCUAACACACACCUGCCCGGUUAGGGGAACGGUAAGUUACCGAAGCAACGUCCACCUUUGCUGUAUCAAAGUGGAGCCCGGUGUGUGCCUGCGCUGCGACUUCAACUCGUUUGUUUCAUGUUUUGCAUACACUCCUGUUAAAUUGUGACGCUAGCUGUUUAGCUGGGGAGGCUAACAACAGCAUAAACAGCGUUCAGUCCACGCUCCCCACUGGUGUUCAGCGGUUCUGCGUGGAUAACCUCCUAACCGGUAACCUAGCUAGUCAGAGAGCAGCUGUGGAGCCGAGCUAAUGUUUGAACACGUCCCGUUUGACACGCCGCUCUCCCACUGUGCUCCUGCCAUGCUAACACUCUGCUGAAAUGUGCUGCGAAACAAUUACUGUUGCUGUGAAAUGUAGGAUUUCCUGGCGUUUGUGUGACUUUGUUGAAAAGUCACUGGACUGGCUAUAAAUGGCCUCCUGCUGCAAACCAAAAGUCUUAUUAGUGGAGAGUUUUGGUUAUCUAAGGAAGCUGCAGCUAAAUUUCACCCUGACAUGACAUGUUGUCCACCAAACAGCAGCUCCCUGAAUCACUGGCCUGUAUGUUCUCUGCGUUGUGCUUGAAGCGGCACUAUGCCCGCAGCCACUGUGGAUCACAGCCAGAGAAUAUGUGAGGUUUGGGCCAGCAACCUGGAGGAGGAGCUGAAGAGGAUCCGACAGGUCAUCCGAAAAUACAACUAUAUCGCAAUGGACACGGAGUUUCCGGGCGUCGUAGCCAGACCGAUUGGGGAGUUCAGGAGCAACGCUGACUACCAGUACCAGCUGCUGCGCUGCAACGUGGAUCUGCUGAAGAUAAUACAGCUGGGCCUCACAUUCAUGAACGAGCAGGGAGAAUAUCCCCCAGGAACGUCAACGUGGCAGUUCAACUUUAAGUUCAACCUCACCGGCUACGACUUUGGAUACCUGAUCAAGAUCCUGUCUAACGCCAACCUGCCCGAGGAGGAGGUGGACUUCUUCGAGAUUCUCCGCUUGUACUUCCCGGUCAUUUAUGAUGUCAAGUACCUCAUGAAGAGCUGCAAGAACCUGAAGGGCGGGCUGCAGGAAGUAGCUGAGCAGCUGGAGCUGGAGAGGAUCGGACCGCAGCACCAGGCUGGCUCGGACUCUUUACUCACCGGCAUGGCGUUCUUCAAAAUGAGAGAGAUGUUCUUCGAGGAUCACAUCGACGAUGCGAAGUACUGCGGCCACCUGUACGGGCUGGGCUCGGGCUCCGCCUACGUGCAGAACGGAACGGGAAACGCCUACGAAGAGGAGGCCAACAAGCAGCAGUCGUGACAUCGCCGGAGUCCCCCACCGUCCCACAGUCCGGCACGACUCCGAGGCGGCGUUAUUUAGCUGUCUUUUUUUUCUCUUCUUCUUCUUCCCCAUCGGCCGCGCCGUUCUCAGACGAGCGAACAAGAAGCGCGGCCGUUCCUCGUCCGCGCCGCGAGCCGCAUGCACGAGUUCAGUCUUUUAUCCCUCGCGAGGCGGCGCCAAGACGACGCUCAUUUUGGUUCGGUUUGAACACGCCUGAAAAGAUGGGAUUUUUAGUUUUCCUCAAGUGUUCUGAAGACAUGUUUUUUGCACUUUACGAAAGAAAAAAAAAAAAAGCAAGAGAAAAAAAAACAAAAGGAGAAGAAGCUCUAACCCCGACUUCAUGCGGGAACGCUGAACACGUUUCCGGUGCGUCUCCGUUGCCUUCCGUGUUCCUGUUUUGUUUACAUCGUGAACACAUCUCCCACCGCCGCGAAAGCAGCUCUCGCCACGCUCGGCCUUAACAUUAGCAGCGUUAUUUUCUUUUAAACCUUUUUAAUUUAUUGCGCCGGUUACGUCGACUAGUGACCCUAUUCAACACUAAGCAACAACAACAAAAUAUAAAUGAAACGGUCCAGCAAUCCGGACGGAUGCAGACGGAGAAGUCCUCGCCGAGUGCGUUUGGCCGACACUUGAAUCUUUUGUUCUUGGAUUUGUUCACGUGACGAGAAUGUUUGCAUCGACCCGAAUGAGCUCUGAUUUCACUGUGAGAAACAUCUCCUCCACAUCCAAUCAUUUCUGUCUUUCUUUUGGUUUGAUUUUCCUUGUCGUAGGAACCGCAUGUAUCCAGAUGCUUUUCACUGGGAGGAAUGCGUGCCAUUUUUGUGAGUGUGUGUGGGCGUGUGUGUGUGUGUCAACGCUCUCGCUGGCAGUCAGAUGCAUGAGCUCUGUUUGUAUCAACCGGUGACACAAGCAGCCUUUUCCGUUAAACAAACCCAGUAGGACAUGCUGACGUCAACCUGAGCUACUCUGCUCGGAGUACGUUUUUCCUUUUUCUUUUAUUGUUUCAACGGGAUAAAAGGGAGGGGGAGAAAAAAAACAACCCUGUUCUUCGUAGUGGUAGUUCACACCACUCGAGUUGUGGAAUGCCUCCUUCCUGUGAAGUUGUCCGGUUUCGGGCGCAGAACGGACCGCAUGCGUUUUAAAAACGUCAGACUCGAAGCGGACUUGUUGUUCGGUUCCCACAUCCUGCUUCUAGGCGUGUUAAGGUCGUAGGUUAGCGGCUUCAUAUUGACCUCUGCCUCCGAACGUGACGUUGCCCUUCCUUUCCUUUUUUUUUUUUGCAGCUCAUCUCUCACACUGUAAAAGAAAAAAAAAA